AUGAAGCUCCUCUACCUUGCCCUACCUCUGCUAGGUUCCCUCGCGAUUGCACAGUCACUUGUAGAAGAUGCUUGUCAGUGUCCCCAGGUCAGGUGUCCCGAUAGUCUUACCUAUGAAGGAUGCAGGUGUAUCAACAUAGCUGAACUGAAAUGCAAAAUACGAUGCCCGAAAUACAAUAUGACAAGGCUGAGGCUAUGCCCUAGAAAAACCACAACUCCAGUCAGCACUCUACCGACCCCAAGUUUACCGAUUCUGGGCAUACCAACGCCAGCUCUACCCACGCCAGCUCUACCGACGCCAGUUUUACCGCAAGGCCCACAGCUCUCUGAUACUCCUCGCAUUCCAGGCUGCGUAUGCGAAGAGAUGAUGUGCAUUCAAAGCUACCCUGAUUCCUGCCACUGCGCGUACGGCAUCGCGAAGACAUGCUGGCAGAAAUGUGGUGGCCCCUCCCCAGGCCUCAAUACCUGCCCACCCCUUGGCAGCAGCCCAUUCGAUGGCCCAGUAAAGCGAGCUGCAGCACCCGAGCCACAAACUACCCCGAAAGAGUCCCCAGUGCCCACUCCUGUAAACCUCCCUGCAAUUGUUUCCGAGGUUCGUGCCCCCCUCGCAUCUGGAGCGGCCUCCCCGACCAAAAAGUGCCGAUGCGAAUCCCGCAAGUGCAUCCAGGCCUUCCCCGCAAGCUGCGUCUGCGACAACGCCAACAAACACGCCUGCUGGAAGAAGUGUGGCGGUGCGAAGCCGGCCUUUGGGUCAUGCUCGAGACCCACAAAACCCACAAAACCCAUCCCAACACCAACACCAACCUCAGACCGCAAAGUCCAGAUCUGCGGCGGCGGCCGCGCAAACACAAACCUCUGCCCCACCGGCUACACGUGCAUCAACGACCCCUACAAAUCCGGGUGCGGCCUCGAGUGCGACGGAACCGGUAUCUGCGUCAAGGAGAAGCUGUGCGGCGGAUUUGCCGGAUUCAAGUGCGAUGGCACGGGGCAGGUUUGUGUAGAUGAUCCCAGGGACGACUGCAGUCCUGCGACCGGAGGCGCGGAUUGUGGAGGUUUGUGCGUGUGGCCUCCCGCGCUGAGGUUGAAUUGA